AUGCAGCUCCUGUUCGCGCCCGCCCGCCCACUACGACAGUGGUGGGCUUCGAGGCGCUUCCCGCUAUCCGCGCGUACGGAAACGGGUCGCCAACUGUGCCGCCUGGAAGACGUCCCUCCCGGGCAGUACACCAGCCCUCACAUCCUGACGGGAUACCGGCGUUGCCGCAGCCGCUACGAAUGCCUCCGGAGCCUGCUACAGUGGCACAACGAGACGGUGAAUAUCUGGAGCAACCUGCUGCCGCUCGCGUACCUCCUCGCCCUCUUGGUUCAAGACAACGCCGGAGGCCGCUUCGCUGGCGCGGUACUCUGGCAGCGAGUCCUGGUCACCGUCAUGACGCUCUCGUACGCCGCCACGUUGUUCCUGUCGGCCGCGUACCACACGCUCAACUGCAUGUCCGAGUCUCGCGCCUGGUACCGGCUCGACUUCGCUGGCGUCUGGCUCAGCAUCGUCGCCUACGUCGUGGGAUUCGCGGCGCUCCAGUUUCGCGGCUCCUGGCGCUUGGCGCACGUCGUGGGCGCCCUCAUCGCCGCCGGCCCUUCGUUCGUGCUCGCCGCGUCGUCCCGGUACGUAGACCGGCACUACGACGCGGCCAGGGUCCGAGCCAUGGGAUGGUUCUCGCUCUACAGCAUGCUCCCACUGGCGCACUACGCCCUUUUCUACGGCAACCCGGCGCUCGUGGCUCGCACGUUGCCCGGUCACGUGACCGUGCUGUUGCUCCUGGCCCUCUCGCUGUGCGUCUUCGUGACCAGGUUUCCCGAGCGGAGGUGGCCGGGCAGGGUGGACUACCUGGGCUCGAGCCACCAGAUCUGGCACGUGGGCGUCGGCAUCUGCGUACUCCUGGCUCACAGGAUACAGUUGGCCUACGUGACGCCGCUCUAA